CCGAUAUAGUGUAUAUAUAUAUACAUACACAGAUACAUGCAUGAGGAACUACGAAAGAAAUAAACAAGCAUUCAAGUGAAGACGACAAUGGAGUGUUAUUUAGAGGGAGAUGAUGAAGUAGUUCUGGCGCCUGCUAGUCCCUUUUCGCAGUACAUGAACAGCUCUGUGUUGUCCCUCACCAUUAUUGCUGUUCUGGAAAUAAGUGUUCCAAUUGAAAAUGAUGAUUCAGUCAUCCUUUCUGAAAUCAGGGAUAUCUUUUUGCCCAUUAAUCCAAGGUUUUCCUCAAUCAUGGUGACUGGAAAAAAUGGUGAGAAGAAUUGGAAACCGGUGAAAGUUAAUCUCGAAGACCAUCUAAAAGUCCCGAUAUUCCCCGUCGGGAAGCCGUUGGAAUUCUACGACUACUGUCUGUCGGAGUAUCUGACGAAGAUAUCCACGGAACCAUUCCCGCAAACUCAACCGUUAUGGGAGAUUCACAUAUUCCGGUACCCGACGAGCAAUGCAGCCGGGAACUGUAUCUUCAAGCUCCACCACUCGCUCGGAGACGGCUAUUCGUUGAUGGGAGCUCUUCUUUCUUGCCUUCAACGGGCUGAUAAUCCGGCGCUGCCGCUGACGUUUCCCCGGCGGCAAGGGAGCGGCAAGAAGCAGGGGAAGAAUAGCAACGCCGUCGCCAGGGCGUUCAAGGCCGUGCCGAGGUUUUUGUCCGGCGUUGUCAACACGGUGACGGAUUUUUCCUGGAGUUUUCUGAAGAGCAGUUUGAUUGACGACGACAAAACGGCGAUUCAUUCCCAGGAAGACGGCGUCGAGUUCCGGCCGAUCUCCGUUACUACCAUGGCGUUUUCGCUUUCCCAUCUCAAACAGAUAAGUUCCAGUCUUAACGUCACGAUCAACGACGUGAUUUCGGGGAUAAUCACGUACGGGACGAGAUUAUACAUGCAGGAAAGCGAGAGAGAAACAUGCAACGGGGAAAGCACGGCGCUUGUACUGUUCAACACGAGGGCGAUGGGAGGUUAUAAGUCGGUGAGCGAGAUGAUCAAACCCAACGCGGAAAUGCCAUGGGGAAACCGGUUCACGUUUCUCCCCUUCGCGAUACCCAAACUGCAACCCCCGGCAGGCGACGGCGACGGCGACUCCUCCAAUCCCCUCCGGUUCAUCUACAAAGCCCACCGCAUGGUCAAGCGGCAACGCAAUUCCGGGUCGGUCUAUCUCACCGGCCAGCUCCUCGAAUUCUCCAGAAAGCUCAGGGGCCCUGAGGCAACUGCACAGUACGUAAGUGGAACGUUAAGGAACACAAGUAUUACCAUGACGAACAUGAUUGGUCCGGUGGAAAAAACCACCCUUGCUAACCAUCCCGUAAAGGGCAUGUACUUCGCCGUAUCCGGCGCCCCUCAGAGUUUAGUGGUGACGAUGCUGAGCUAUGCGGGAAAACUGAGACUAACCAUUAUAUCGGAGAAAGAUUUCAUAGAUGUGAAGAAACUGAAGUCAUGUAUUGAGUCUUCUUUUGAUGAAAUCUUCAGAUUAGCACUCAAGUCUUCUCCACCUAGGCCACCACCUACAUGAAUAUAAUAUAUACACAUACUCUGAUAUACCAGUAUUCCUGCAUGCAUAUGCAUAUAUGUGUGUGUGUGUUUUAUCCAACAUAUGUAUACCUCAGAGGUUAUGAGGUUAGCACAUCCUUAUCUGGGUCAGACUAAUGUGAAAAUUUAUGAGUUCGACUAUAUAUAUCUAUAUGUUUAAUUUGUGUGGCCUUUCAAAUAAUAAUCAUCUUUUCAAUUAAUUGUGUUUACUUCAAAUUUUUUUUUUUUUUAACGUAGAAAUAAAUGCAUUAAAACAGUCCAAAGAUAGUAUUGUUUGU